UUGCAGCCCCUUAAAAAACAAUAAACUCAAUUUUGAGGGAUCCUUGAUGUUUAUCAUUACAACUUUAUGUGGUGCACUGAAGCAAAUCUGCCUUCAACAACUUAACCAAUGCUGGAUUCCUCUCCUUAGGACCUAAAAUCAACCCAUUUAGUUUUAUGAACAGAAACGGGACCAGAAGAAGGACUGGUGCAGAACAGAAGAAACAUUUCCAAUGCCUCACAAAAGUGGAAAAAAAAAAUCUCACAGCGCCAAUCCAGGCAAAAGGAAAAAGCCAUCCAAAAAGCGCUCUUUGAGCAGCAAAUCUCCAAAGCCUGAGGUGGAUAUCCUUGGUCCUGUUGCCAUGGAGAAUCUGUAUUACAUCUCCCACAAUGCUGCUGACUGCUUGGCAUUUCGGGGGUUUGGGUGGUCUGGUUCACCUAAGAAGAAGGGAAAGAAAAGCUAAUGCUAAUAAAAUUUUCAAAUUAUCACAGAAGUACCCAACAUAUAGAAGAGUAAAGAUCAGGUAUUCUAACUGUACACAACUUUCUGAAAAUAGCAAUUCCAAUCCCCAUUCCUUUUUAAUCAAUUCCAAUUCAAAGGAGGGACUUGGAAUUAGAAUUGAUUUUAAAAAAGAAUUGGAAUUGAUAAACUGAAUAAACCCCAACCCUGAUAGUAUCAUUGUUAACCACAAUUUCAAUAAUUAAAAUGCAGUUUCGAUCAUUUGAAGGUCAGUUUACUUUGUGUCCAGUUUUAAAUGUGAGAGCCAUCGUAAAUAAUGUAAUAAUAUUCUUCAAAGAUGGCGCACACACAGUCAUAAUGUGUGUUUAAAAAAUAGCAAAAACUACACAAGUGUUCCUACAUCUGGCAAAAACAACAAAGUGAAAAUACACAAUUUCCUUUAUGAAAAUAUAUUUUGGGGUAGUCCCAUUAAGGGCAAAACAACGUAAUAGUAGUGCAGUAAGUUUUACAUUUGUGUCUGUUUGUAGAAAUCAUUUGUAAAUACUGUAUGCCCUUUUAUUGAUCCAAAUUGUGUAAUUGCAUAUAUAUUUUUAGACUUUUAAUAAAGAC